GUGCGACACACGCCGUCGUCAGUGACGCACGUAUUUCAGUCAAACAAAAAUUGGCGCGAAUAACAUUUUAAAUAAUUUCGAUAAUGAAAUAGUUUUCAAGUGUAUUUGGGAUGACCGUUACAAUAAAUUACAUCGUACGUCUCGUAGUAUUAACAACAUUGUAUUACGUUUUGUUGUGUGUUUUUAAAGAAAUACGUCGUUAUUGGACUGAAAUUGAUUUGUCGGUGCCUUGAAUAACUUGGGAUUGUUUUGAUUCAGAAACGAUAAUAUCUGGUACUAGAAAAUGGACAUAUUGAAUAUCACAGACGAUGCGACCUCUAGUGUGCGGCCGAGUGAACUAUCGAAGUUCUCUCCGGGUCUGUUGACGUUUGCCGCAGUGGUAACAGGAUUUAUUAUGGUAAUAGGAUUAUUCGGCAAUCUACUGACCGUCGUCGCCCUCAUUAAGUGCCCUAAAGUAAGAAAUGUUGCCGCUGCCUUUAUUAUAAGUCUUUGCAUAGCGGACUUUUUAUUCUGCGCGAUGGUACUUCCGUUCGCCAUAUCCGGCUUCUGGACGCGGACGUGGUCGCACGGGGGUGCGUUGUGCAAGUUGGUGCCGUUCCUACGUUAUGGCAACGUUGGCGUAUCACUGUUGAGCAUUGCACUCAUCACUUUGAACAGGUAUAUAAUGAUAGCUCACCACAGCUGGUACGCGCGAGUAUACAGGAAGCACAAUAUAGCGCUGAUGAUAGUCUUCUCUUGGAUGUUCUCCUACGGCAUGCAGAUACCGACGCUGCUCGGGAUAUGGGGUAAAUUCGACUACGAUCCAGAACUAGGAACAUGUUCAAUAAUGCCAGACGAUCUUGGCCACUCGUCUAAGACGGCACUCUUCGUUAUUGCGUUCAUUGUACCCGCUUUGCUGAUCUUCAUCUGCUACGCUAGGAUCUUCUGGGUCGUUCACAGUUCGGAGCAAAGAAUGCGCGAACACCAGCGCUCACAGCACUCAGGGCCAGGCACUCUUAACAACACGGAGAAGAGAUCAACGGUGAAGGAUAACCGAGACAGCAAAGCACGUCGUAACGAGUGGCGCAUCACUAAGAUGGUACUCGCCAUCUUCCUCUCCUUCCUAGUCUGCUACCUGCCCAUCACUAUCGCUAAAGUCGCUGAUAGUCACGUACAUUAUCCCAUAUUCCACAUCGCGGGCUACUUGUUGCUGUACGCGAGCGCGUGCGUCAACCCGAUCAUCUACGUGAUAAUGAACGCGCAGUACCGCGCGGCGUACGCGGCCGCGCUGUGCUGCCGGCUGCCGCUGCCCGGCCUCACCAGCGAGAAAUGGAACGAGCGUCACGGGUACAGCUACAGCAAUACACGAACGGCGCUCAGCCAAGUGUCGAUAGGGGAGUCUCGGGCGGACCCUCGAGCUUCCGUGAUGUCCACGGGCCCAGGGCCCAAGUAAGCCCUAGGCCACUACCCACCAGGGCCAAAGUGAACCCGCGGCCCUACGGGUCCGACACCGCGCAGACAUCGCACAGCUUCGGACCUCGC